AUGGAAGAUUCUCAUCUUCAUCAAUCUAUCGCCGGUGCCUCCUCAGGUCUUCUCUCCUCUUUCUCUAGAAUCCUGAAAUUCGAACACUGUUUCAUUAUCACAGAUUUGAUUCUGUGGAAGAAUCGACGUCGAGGGUUUCUUCUGCUUGGAUCAGCGACGUUGUUAUGGUUUCUCUUUGAGAGAUGUGGAUAUAGUUUCUUCCCUUUUGUUGCCGAUACUCAGCUACUUGUCGUCGUUAUACUCUUCCUCUGGGCCAAAUCUGCUAUUCUUUUCAAUAGGCCUAUGCCUCAACUUCCUAAUUUUGAAAUCAAUGAGGCAUCUGUUCUUGUGGUGGCUAACGCUAUACGAGUCUGGAUUAAUACUGUGCUCUCCGUUGCUCGUGAAAUUUACCUCGGUAGAAAUGCUAAGCAACUCUUUCGGGUCAGUGUUGUGUUGUGGACAGUAUCAUUUGUUGGCAAUCUCUUAAACUUCCUCACAAUACUCUAUCUUGGUGUUGUUCUUAGUCUGACGAUCCCCAUUCUGUACGAGAGAUACCAGGAUCACAUUGAUGAUAAGCUUUCUUUAACACAUCGAAUCAUUCAAACACAAUACAGGAAGAUUGACGAAAGAUUAUUACAGAAGAUUAUUGCUAAGCCCACUAAUAAGAUAAAGAAGAUGCAAUAA